GCAUUUGAGUAUACUCCAAUUACUAUCGCUGAGUUACAAAGGAACUAUUCGAGUAUUCCUUGGUUAGAAUAUUUUAACAAAAUUCUUGAACCUUAUGCCAAAGUGGAUAAAAAUGAGACAAUAUAUGUGUAUUAUCCAAAAUUUUUAUCAAAUUUCGAAAAACUUAUGAAUACAACUUCGAAAAGAACUCAAUCAAAUUUCAUUAUAUGGCGAGUUAUUUUUGAUUCAGUUCCAUUUUUGACAGAAGAAAUAAAUAAAAAACGUAUAGACUUUUUAUCAUCAGCGAACGGUAACACUAAACGACAGUCUAGAUCCGAUGAAUGUUUGAACGCAGUAUCUCAGUAUUUGCCACUUGCUAUUGGUUCAUUAUAUGUCAAAAAAUAUUUUAAUGAGGUUGCCAAAAAUAAUGUCACCGAAAUGGUCAAUGCUAUUAUCAAUCAGUUUAAAAAAACUUUAGAAACUGUUGAUUGGAUGGACGAAGUAACUAGAAAGCACGCUUUGAAAAAAGCCGAUUCUAUGGUUACUAAUAUUGCGUACAACGAAGGACUUUUGGAUGAGAAAAAACUUGAAACAAUUUACGAAAAUUUUGAAUUAGACAUAAACGAUUCAUAUUUACAAACUAUAUUGAAUUUAGCAUCGCACAUGAAUAAAAUAAAUCGUAAAAAAUUUAGAACGCAUUUCAAUAAAAGUGACUGGGUGUUAUAUUUAAAUCCAACUGCUGUUAAUGCGUUCAAUUUAUUUCAUUAUAAUAUUAUCCAAUUUCCUGCUGCUAUUCUUCAAGGAUCAUUUUUUAAUAACGACCGUCCGCGAUAUAUAAAUUAUGGAGCUGUUGGUUUUCUAAUAGGCCAUGAAAUCACUCAUGGUUUUGAUACCAUAGGAAAAAAUUUUUAUGAAGAUGGUAAUUUAUUAAAAUGGUGGGAAGCGUCUACAGAUGAUAAAUUUUGGGACAAAGCUUUGUGCUUUUAUGAGCAGUAUCAAAACUACGUCGUAAAAGAAGUUGGAAUGAAUGUAAACGGAUUGAAAACAAUCACUGAAAAUACUGCUGAUAAUGGCGGGUUAAAGACGACUUAUUUAGCUUACAGAAAUUGGGCCGAGUCUCAGAACGUCUCCGAACCUCGACUUCCUGGGCUCGAUCAUUAUACACCUAAGCAAUUGUUUUGGAUUAGCGCUUCACAUACUUGGUGCACUGCACAACGUCCUGAAGUUUUGAAAAUUCAGAUUAUUUCCGACACUCAUAGCCCUCCGGAAUUUCGUGUAAUCGGAGCAUUUUCGAAUAUUAAAGAAUUUUCAGAUGAUUUUCAAUGUCCAGUAGGAUCUCCAAUGAAUCCGAGAAGUAAAUGCUCUAUGUGGUGAUUUUUCGAAUGACAAAUCAAAUUUAUUAUUAAUAUUCAAUAAAAUAUUAUAUUCAAAUUAGAAGCCACUAUUUUUGAAAUUUUGUGUGCUGGAGCCUCGUCUUCACAGAGGUCAUAUUCGUCAAGAUUUUGACUCUACCCGUGUAAAAAAAAUUUUCGUUCAUAAAUAAUUUAGAUCUGAAUUUCAUGACGAAGCUCAGAUCGUGACACGAAUAUGACUUUCAUUAUGAAUUUACUCUAUCUUUUCGUCUAGUAGUAAAUCAGUACCAAUUAUAAAAUUAAUUUAGUGAAUGAACUUCGGAUCACUUGGAUUGAAAUUUUACUAUGUCAUAAUUUUGACGUGAUUAAAGUUCUUGAUACAAUUUCAUGAUGAAAGUCAUAUUUGUGUCACGAUCUGAGUUUUGAGAUGAAAUUUAUAUCUAAAUUCAUCAUGAACAUAAUAAUUUUUUACAGGGGUAUGGCUAAAUAAAUAAUAAAUAAUGAUAGUAAUAACUUAUUUUUGUUCCUCUAUCCGAUAAUUGUAUAAUUAAUUAAUUGUUUAUAUAUGUUUACAUAUGUAAAGUAAUUUAAAUGACGAAAUAAAA